CCUCCUGCACUCCGGACCCUUCAUUCCUGCCCCCCGAAGCCCCACACUCUAGUCAAAAGAUAUACCGUAAUUUAGCGGAUAAACCCCGCACCCGAGUAUACCCCACAGUUUUUUCCCUUUUGAGUUUAAAAAUCCUUGUAUACCCCGUGCACGACUGUAGCCUGCAGGAGAGACUCAGUGAAUAAAACCUGUCAAUGAGCCAAAGCGGUUGAUGGUAAUGGAAGCCCCUGUAAUCAGCUGUUAAUGAGCCACAGCUGAUAACGCCAAGCAGUAAGAAAACCGUUACCCUUUUUAAGCUUUUCAAACUUUUUAAAGCUUUUAGAAAUGCCUAAGCGCAAGUCAUACACUGACGAUUUUAAAUUGUGUGUAGUGGCUUUUGUAAAGGACAAUAGCAACAGCUUGGAACAGAGUGAAAUUCCGGAAGUGUGACAUUCUACCCGAAAAUGACUCUUCAAGCUCAGAGUACGAUAGUGAUUCUGAUUCAGAAACACAAACCUCAGAUGUCACCGAAGCUGAUCUCGCCCUGGCUAUGGAUAUUAUGGAUGUUUUUCAAGACACUGACUAUGAUGAGUUUUGAUGGCUUUGACAACACAGCUGUUGAGGAGGAUGUUGCUGGCGCUGACUCUAGAGAUCCGAGUGAAUGAGAAUGCAAAGCCUUCCUUUUUUACAGUGUUUUUAUUCUUUUACUAGUUGCACAAUAAAGUAACGUUUUAAAAUGUGUCUGAAUGUAUUACGAUGUCUUCUAAAGAAUGUGAAUGCAUUGGAACGUAACAGUCUCUAUGAUUAAAUUAAAAUAUGCUGCUUUCCUCAUGGAACAGUCCACAUUGUCUUCCUUUCCGUAUAAAAAAACCCCUUGUAUAGCCUGCAGAGCCCCGCCGCUGCUGCUGGCUGCCAAGCCCCUCGCCUGCAACUUGCUCCAGGCUCCUUCCCUUUGUCACCCCGGGCUGGGAGCCUCCCACCUCUGCUGGGCAUGUCUCUGCCCCAGCUCCGGAGUGUUCCCUGCUGCUGGGGCUUCUGUAAGUUUCCCCGCGUUGUUCUGUACCCAGCCCGAUAAAGGUAGUGAAGGGGGGGGGGGAUCCUCUUCCAUUUCUGUGUAAAAACAAAAAACCACACACACAACCCACCACACACACACCACCAUAUAACCCACGCACGACGAUAGCCCAUGCGGAGCGGGAGAGGCGGGGGGUGCAUCCCGGAAUUGCGUCCCGUGGGUAAUGUUCUCUAAAUUACGGUAAUCAUGUUGGGCUACGAGCGCCAACAAUUUUCUUCAGCUGGGCCAUGGGGAAGGGGGUGUAAAAUUUGAAAACUGCUGCUCUAGUCAACUUCUAAGCCUUGGGCCGGGGACCUAGAGCUCAGCGGUGUGUGUAUGGAGGCCCAGGCCCUGCUGGCUUCUAAAGCUCCCACUCAAAGACUUUGCUUGCACCAGAGCCCCCGUGGCCAGUGGUGAGUUGUGUGGUCGGGCCAUUAAACUGGGAUCGCCGCCCGGCUGAUAGGUUUGUGGGGAACUGACUGGGACCGUGUGUUCUUUUGCAUGUGCAGGAAGGAGCAUUGGAAACUGCUGGGCAACUUGAAGACCACAGUCGAGGGGUUGGUCUCCAGCAACAACCCAAACGUCUGGUCUAAGUAUGGAGGCUUAGAGCGACUGUGCAGGGACAUGCACAGCAUCCUCUAUCACGGACUCAUCCCCGACAAGGUGUGCUGCAGACAGACGGAUUACUGGCAGUUUGUGAAGGACAUCCGCUGGCUGAGCCCGCACUCGUCUCAUCAUGUGGAGAAGUUCGUCAGCCUGCGGGAGAACGGCCAGCCAGGCGCAGCGGGGGUGAGCGACCAAGUCGUCGCCGCGCGGUGGCUUCAGCAAAGCCUGCAGUUCCACUGCCUCUCCGCGCAGCUGAAACCGCUGCUAGAGAACAGACAGUACAUCCGGAAAUUCUACACAGACGCUGCCUUCCUGCUCAGUGACGCCCACGUCACCGCCAUGCUCCAGUGCCUGGAGGCCGUGGAACAGAACAACCCCCGGCUUCUGGCUCAGAUCGACACCUCCACGUUUCUCAGAAGGAGCGAGGCGCCGUUACCUGUGCCGAAGAGUCAGAGCUUGACGGCGCUGCCCGGUUCUGUGGGUCUCCCUCCCGUGGCCUAUCCGCAGCACAGGUCCCGCGGCUCCUUCUCCAGCCUGCACCAGCCAGCCUCCACCAGCGUGUCGGACAGGAGACCAGCCAGCUCUUUCCUGUGCCGUGGCACGAGCCAGCCUCUGGAAAACGCCCUGGGCAAUGGAGCCCUCCUGCUGCCUGAGGACAGAUCCCCCGGGGACCAGCCUGGCUUCCCCCGCAGUGUUCCCUCCCCCAGAGACUCCUCUUCCGCCAGCGAGCGGAGCGCCAGCACAGUGCCCAGCCACAGCGAAGACCCCUGGCUGGGCAGCCAGGAUGACGCCCAGAGCGACGGGCCGGAGUACCUGGCCAUCGGGAACCUGGGGCAGCGGGGCCGGGCCCACAGCAGCCAGAGCAGCCCCAGCAGCAGCGCCACCAACAGCAACAAAAGCAGCAGCUCCAACCUGUUCUCGUCCAGCAGCUCUCAGAAGCCGGAGUCCGUCUCCUCCUUGGAGGAGCAGGGGGCCAGCGGGGCCAGCCGGGGGCUGAGCCUCUUGCGCAGAUCCAGCUUCUCGGAGGGGCAGACGUCCGCCCCCCACGGGAUCCUCAAGCGCAGCCACGCGCGCUCCCACUCCGACACCAACGUGGCGUCUGGGAAGAUGCCCGGAGGCCCCAGGGAUAUCGCCAUUAUACUAGAAGAUCCGGUGGCAGAGUCCCAGGGCGACACCUCCAGGGCCAUCGGCUGUGUCUCCGGCUCCACCCAGAGCAGCGAAGUGAGCACGCCCAGCUCCCUGUACAUGGAGUACGACACUGGCCAGUACCUGAGUUCGGGGGAAGGCAUGUUCCGAAGGCCGUCGGAAGGGCAGUCCCUCAUCAGUUACCUGUCUGAGCAGGACUUCGGCAGCUGCGCGGACCUGGAGAAGGAAAACGCUCACUUCAGCAUCUCCGAGUCGCUCAUCGCCGCCAUCGAGCUGAUGAAAUGCAACGUGAUGAGCCGGCGGCUGGAGGAGGACGAAGAGGAGAGCGACAAGGAGAUCCAGGAGCUCAAGCAGAAGAUUCGCAUCCGGCGCCUGCAGAUCCGCACCAAGGACGUGCUCCCUGCCUACCGGGAGAUGGGCUCCGACAGCUUCGUGGCUACAGACAGCGAGUCGCAGUUCAGCUCCCGGGACUCCAUGUGGCUGUCUGACUCGGGCUCGGCGGAGGACGUGGAGGAGUACGAGAUCAGAGAUGCGGACAUCAAGCGGGAGGCUGCGAGCAGCAGGAAGUCGUUCCUCUCCUGUACCCUGGAUAUUCUGGUCUGUCUGUCUCUGACUGGUGCUGAUGGGCCUCUCGUGCUCUGCAGAUCCCACUCCUUCCUCCACUCGAACUCGGCCGAGGCCGUGGCCAUGGGCCUGCUGAAGCAGUUUGAAGGGAUGCAGCUCCCGGCUGCUUCCGAACUGGACUGGCUCGUGCCCGAGCAGGACGCCCCCCAGAAGCUCGCUCCACUGAACAGACUUCGUUGUGGUUUUCCGGACUCCCUUCCCAUCUCGCCCGACGACGGGGAGCACGCCGACAUCUACAAGCUCCGAAUCCGGGUCCGCGGGAACCUGGAGUGGGCCCCUCCCCAGCCACAGAUCAUUCCCAGCCAAUGUUCCCGUGAAUCUUUUCCACUCUUCUCCACCAUCCCCCCUGCCCCGACGAGGAAGGUGGCUGUAGCCAAGCAGAAUUACCGGUGCGCAGGCUGCGGCAUCCGGACCGACCCUGGUGAGUGCGGGAGCUCUGACGGCUGUAAACACGGGGUGCAGGGUGUAAACCUGGCAGGAGGGGGCGAUACAAAGGAGGAACCGAUGAGCUGGCGGGAUGGUGGGGAUCUCCGCGUGGGUACCUGGGACGCCGGGGCAGCUUUCUCUGCAGUGUACAUCCUGCGUAAGUGGGACUUCGGCAAGUACUACGUCAGCAACUUCUCCCGGGACCUGCUGAGCAAGAUCUGGAGCGACCCGCUCUUCAGCGUGCAGGACCUCAACGCCCCUCUGUACCGGAAGGUGAAGGCCCUGAAUCAAGUCAGGCUCUUGAGAAUCCAGCUGUUUCACUUGAAGAACAUGUUUAAGACCUGCCGGCUAGCCAAAGAGCUGCUGGACUCCUUCGACACGGUGCCAGGGCAUCUGACCGAGGACCUCCACCUCUACUCCUUAAACGACCUGACUGCCACGAAGAAGGGGGAGUUAGCUCCCUGCCUGCUGGAGCUGCUCAAGGCCGGCACCCUGCAUGUUGAGAGAUGCAUGCUGUGCCAGGCCAAGGGCUUCAUCUGCGAGUUCUGUCAAAAGGAGGACGACGUCAUCUUCCCCUUCGAACUGAACAAGUGCAGGACGUGUGAAGAGUGCAAGGCCUGCUAUCACAAGUGCUGCUUCAAAUCGGGCUGCUGCCCCAGGUGCGAGCGCCUGCAGGCCAGGAGAGAGCUGCUCGCCCGGCAGAGCAUGGAGUCCUACCUCUCCGACUACGAGGACGAGGCGCCGCAGGAGGUGGCGGCAGCAACAUGAGCGGGGCGGCAGAGGAAGAGACCCGUGGAUGUGUGUGUGCGUGUGGCCUUCCUCCCCAGAGACCAAACUAAGACCCAAACGGACUCACAAGAGAACAGCCCGUGGGACGGCUGAGUCAUGGGAGGUCCCGGAGCCGCUGGCCCUCCGGCGCCGCAGGUAUCGAUCAGGUUUGCUUCGAGGGACCCGGCUUCUUUUCUCCCUACGUGACGGUGCCAGGGGCAGGGGACCCUGGCUGCUAGUUCUUGCCGUCUCACUAGUUCUUCGUAGCGGGGAUGCUGGUGAAUCCUGCCCGUGCCCCAGAGCGUGUGGA